AAUGUUGGGUAUAUGUACAUACAUGCCCUAACUUCUCCAGUAGAGAGAGAAAGGAGAGAGAGAGAGAGAGAGAGAGGGGGAGAGGGAGAAUGGGAGGAGCAGAGGGAGAUCACGAGCGCCUGGCUCGCGUCUUGAAUGCCCACCUCGACAACAUCAACGACACCUUCCAGGUGUUGAGUCAAGAACCCUCUCGUUUUCACAAACGGGUGAGUUGGGAAGAGGUCGUCAAGAUCGGGGACCAAGUCUCAAAGCAAGCCACUGUGGUCGGAAUGUUGUGGAUGGGACAAAAACCUCAAGCUAAAGCGAUGGAGGAAAGUAUGGCAACGUACUUUAAUGCACUUCAGGGUUUUCUACUAUUGUCCCAUGGAAGCAUGGUGGGUGCUGGACCGACUCUUUCUUCCACUAUCCACGAUGUGUUGAAGAAAGUUGUUGACUGUAGUGUUAAGUUACUCAGCACAUGUGUCCAUUCUUAUGGUUCUAGCAAUGAAGAGGAACAGUGGGUUUCCAUUCCAGUGCUAGUUGGUACGGUGUGGGAGGCAUGUUCUGCUCUUAAGAAAGCUCCAGCAACAAAUAUUACUGCAAUUGGGCGAGCCAUGUCGCGGGUUGCAGUUACCAUGAAGGAUGUCCUUCGCGAGAUGAAAGAGCUCAAGCCAGCUUGCCUGGACCCCCGUGAUGAAGCUUCUGAUGUCUCCUCUAUAAAAGAAGGCGAGACUCAAGUUGAUGAUAAUUCUAGUGAAGGUGACAUAGGCAAGGACUUAUCACCUGAAGAGAUGAAAGUUGCUAAUGCGGCAAUUGUGGUGGUGUCCGAUACCCUCACAGUCAUCAAGGAAUUAAUUCGCGCCAUUACAGGUUUGCUCAAGAUGGAAAAUUCAGAUGACAGCAGUGCCUUUGUGGAUUCUCUGGAAAAGUUAUUGAAGCUAUGCCAAGGAAUAGGAGUACAAAUCGACGAGCUCGGUGCUUGCCUUUACCCUCCACAAGAGGUCUCAGCCAUGAUGGUGGCCUCAGGAAAAAUGUUGACUCAUCUCAAUGAUUUACAGGUGGAGGUGGAAAAUAUUAAAGGAACUUCAGAUGGUUUUGUUUUGGCUUGUGAUGGUAUCAGAAGUUCACUCAAACGGUUUGAGUCCGAUUUAAGUUGCUAUCGCCCUGAUGAUUUGGAAAGCCUACUGCAGAGCACUACUUUGAGUGAUUAAGCGAUGUAGGAGAUGCCGUGAUGGGCCCUGGGUGGUUGAUGAUAGGGAUGAGAUGCUCACUGUGCAAUCUUCUAAUCGAUUUCAGUUGUGCACUGUUUGAUGAAUGGAGAGUCGACCUCACAUAUGCAUACGACCUCGUGUGCUUAGUGUUAGAUUUCAAAUGAACCACUUUUGUUUUUGGUUCAGGAACUUUGUAAAAUGGUAUACCGGACAGGCUUUUACUGAAAAUUGGAAUUCCGUUGAUUUCCC